UGGGAACUUUGCAGUCCUAUUGAUCAAACAACCAUGAAAAGACCCUGUAUCUUAUUACAACCCACUGCACAUUGCUGUAGUGAGGAACAGGCCGAGCAUGGUAAGGAUGCUGGCUGGACAUGGAGCUGACAUUGACAAGCGAGGUAGGUGCACUGUAUCUUUUGCAGAUCCAUGAAAGUAGCCCCUUGGAUCUUGCUAGUGAAGAGGCAGUGAGACUACCCUGUAUGCGCACACUGCUGGACAUUGGGGCUGACGUGAAUGCAAGAGAUAAAAAUGGAAAAACACCCCUACUUCACGCCCUAGCCAGCAGUGAUGGACUCACCGUGCAUAACAUAGAAAACAUCCGGCUGCUACCCCAGAGAGGUUCAGACGUCCAUGCUGCAACCCUUGAUGGAGAGACUGCUGUGUUGAUGGAGACCUGCUGAUGGAGGUUCCGCAGUGUCUGAGCAUGGGGGUCUUGGUGUGGCAUAGGCAGGUCCAGGGGCAGGGCCAGACUGGGUGAGGACACCCGGGCCAAGUCCAGGAGGACCUCAGCCUGCCCCAGGAGCUCAGCCGCCUGCCCUACACAGUAACCAAAAAAGUGUUAAGCAAAUCAAAAUAUAUUUUAUAUUUGAGAUUCUUGAUGACAGCUUUGCACA